CCUACUCCGGACGAUGCCGCCGAGUACGCGGCGGCGGCGGCGCGCUCUGGAGGUCUGAAGCCGCGGCUGGCUGCCACGGGCCGGCGGCGCGAUGAGCUGGGCAGCCGCCCCCGGCUCAGGGCUGUGAGCGGCUCGGGGCCGGGGGUGGGCGGUGGUGCGGCGGACGGCCGACGCUCCAUUUCGGCGGCGGCGGCGGCGGCGGCCAUGCGCGCAGCGGCGCGGCUGAGGCGGCCGGGCCGGGGCAGCCUCCUGGGGGCCCGCGGCCUGAGGGCCCCGUCGCCGCCGCCGCCGCUGCUGCUGCCUCUGCUGGCGCUGCUGGCGCUGCUGCCCGCGCCUGGCGCCGCCGCCGCCCUCGCCCCGCGGUCCCCGGCGCUGCCGCCGGCGGCCGCGGGGCCCAGCGUAAGCCUCUACCUGAGCGAGGACGAGGUGCGCCGGCUGAUCGGUCUUGAUGCAGAACUUUAUUAUGUGAGAAAUGACCUUAUUAGUCACUACGCUCUAUCCUUUAAUCUGUUAAUACCCAGUGAGACAAAUUUCCUGCACUUCACCUGGCAUGCAAAGUCCAAGGUUGAAUAUAAGCUGGGAUUCCAGGUAGACAAUUUUUUGGCAAUGGACAUGCCCCAGGUCAACAUUUCUGUUCAGGGGGAAGUUCCACGCACUUUAUCAGUGUUUCGGGUAGAGCUUUCCUGUACUGGCAAGGUAGAUUCUGAAGUUAUGAUACUAAUGCAGCUCAACUUAACAGUAAAUUCUUCAAAAAAUUUUACCGUCUUAAAUUUUAAACGAAGGAAAAUGUGCUACAAAAAACUUGAAGAAGUAAAAACUUCAGCCUUGGACAAAAACACUAGCAGAACUAUUUAUGAUCCUGUACAUGCAGCUCCAACCACUUCUACGCGUGUGUUUUAUAUUAGUGUAGGGGUUUGUUGUGCAGUAAUAUUUCUUGUAGCAAUAAUAUUAGCUGUUUUGCACCUUCAUAGUAUGAAAAGGAUUGAACUGGAUGACAGCAUUAGUGCCAGCAGUAGUUCCCAAGGGCUGUCUCAGCCAUCCACCCAGACGACUCAGUAUCUGAGAGCUGACACACCCAACAAUGCAACUCCUAUCACCAGCUCCUCAGGUUAUCCUACCUUGCGGAUAGAGAAGAACGACUUGAGAAGUGUCACUCUUUUGGAGGCCAAAGCCAAGGUGAAGGAUAUAGCAAUAUCCAGGGAGAGGGUAACUCUAAAAGAUGUACUCCAAGAAGGUACUUUUGGGCGUAUUUUCCAUGGGAUUUUAAUAGAUGAAAAAGAUCCAAAUAAAGAAAAACAAGCAUUUGUCAAAACAGUUAAAGAUCAAGCUUCUGAAAUUCAGGUGACAAUGAUGCUCACUGAAAGUUGUAAGCUGCGAGGUCUUCAUCACAGAAAUCUUCUUCCUAUUACUCAUGUGUGCAUAGAAGAAGGAGAAAAGCCCAUGGUGAUAUUGCCUUACAUGAAUUGGGGGAAUCUUAAAUUGUUUUUACGGCAGUGCAAGUUAGUAGAGGCCAAUAAUCCACAGGCGAUUUCUCAACAAGACCUGGUACACAUGGCUAUUCAGAUUGCCUGUGGCAUGAGCUACUUGGCCAGAAGGGAAGUCAUCCACAAAGACCUGGCUGCGAGGAACUGUGUGAUUGAUGACACACUUCAAGUUAAGAUCACAGACAAUGCCCUCUCCAGAGACUUGUUCCCCAUGGACUAUCACUGUCUGGGGGACAAUGAAAACAGGCCAGUUCGUUGGAUGGCUCUUGAAAGUCUGGUUAAUAACGAGUUCUCUAGUGCUAGUGAUGUGUGGGCCUUUGGAGUGACGCUGUGGGAACUCAUGACUCUGGGCCAGACGCCCUACGUGGACAUUGACCCCUUCGAGAUGGCCGCAUACCUGAAAGAUGGUUACCGAAUAGCCCAGCCAAUCAACUGUCCUGAUGAAUUGUUUGCUGUGAUGGCCUGUUGCUGGGCCUUAGAUCCAGAGGAGAGGCCCAAGUUUCAGCAGCUGGUACAGUGUCUCACAGAGUUUCAUGCGGCCCUGGGAGCCUACGUCUGACUCUUCUCUCACAGUCCCAUAGCAUCAGGAGGAAGGUGCCUGUCGGGGCUCACUUGAAGCUUGUCACAGAUGCUUCGUAUCGAAUACAAUGCCAGCAGAAGCACAUUUGUCAUUUGUCUUCCGGAUCACCGUGCCUUAGGAAUGCUUUAGAAUCUGAACUUUUUAAGACAGACUUAAUAAUGUGGCAUAUUUUCUAGAUAUCACUUUUAUUAGGUUGAACUGAAAGGUUUUUGUAAAUUUUUUGGCCAAAAUUUUUUAAAACGUAAGUUACUUUGGAUUAGGGGUACAUUCUUACAAAAUAAAUAAUUAUGGUUUUUAAAAUUGUUUAGACACAGAUAUUUGGAAUUAGCUAUAUUAGUGCCAACUGCUUUUUAUUUUUUUACUUCAUUAAGGUGAUGUAAGUGACUCACCUUUAAAGUUUUUUUAAUGUUAUUUUUUAUCACUACUCUUGGAAAUGGUUUGUCUUCAAGAUGCAAUACUUAGGAAAGGAAAAACAGCAUAAAAAGAUACUGGUUUACCUUGUACAAGAAAAGGGCAAUGUUAGAGGAAGAAAAUUUAAAGAAAAGCUAGAGGAAAAAAAUUUUGUUAAAUACUUAUUAGAAAGCAAACUGCCCUUACAUGGAAAACUGGUUUUUUUUUGUUUGUUUGUUUUGUUUUUUUUUUUGUUUUCUUGGUGAAAAGGAAUUCUACUUUCUUAUUUUUGGGAAAGCAGGAAGUGAGUUCAUUACAUUUUACAUUUGGCAGAAAUUAGCCUUUCUGUGAACCAGAAGUGGUUUGGGGCAGAUCUGUAGUAAGCAAUUGUGAUUUUAUUUAUUUUUACUCUCUGGGAAAGGAGAUAAUACAAUUCCAGAAAGUGAACUCAUAUUUCUAAGGUUAAGAUUCCUUUUUAUUGCACCUAGAAUAGUGCUAUGCACAGAGAGGGUGCUUGAGUUGACAUUUAAAAAAAAAAUGUAAACUGGUAAAUUUUGUGCUAAUCUUCAAGGCUGGCUUAAGUAUAAAAUUGUUUUUUUUUUUAAACACUUGAAAAAUUAAAGGAUUUGUUUUAUAUUA